AUGUUCUACGUGAUCAUCUCUCUGCUUUUUCUACUUUUCUCCAUGUUUUGUGUCUAUGAUUGCAUUAAACCGCACAAUUUUCCUCCUGGUUGGUGAACAGAAAAUCCAUAAUUAACAGUGCACGUUGAUUUUUUUUAUUUAAUUUUAAAUUGAUCUUUUUAACAAAACUAAACAAAAUGAUCUGUCUGUGAAUUUAUUAAUUUUUUAACCUUUCGUAAAUUGAUUUAUUUAUUGGAAUAUAUUCACGUUUUAUUCAAAUGUCCGAGCAGGUCCGAAAUGGCUGCCAGUGAUCGGUUGCUUCCUCACGUUCCGUCGAUUGAAACUGAAGCACAAGUAUGCUUACUUGGCUUUCCAAAAUCUGACGAAAACCUACGGGCCGAUUUUGGGCCUGAAAUUAGGGAACCAGAAAGUCGUUGUAAUUUCGACGCACGAUCUAGUAAAGAAAGUCCUUCUUCAGCAAGAGUUCAACGGAAGACCGGAUGGAUUCUUCUUCAGAGUGCGUGCGUUCGGGAAAAGGAAAGGAAUUUUAUUCACGGAUGGACCGACCUGGUCUCAGUGCCGCCGUUUCACAAUGCGCCAUCUCAGAAACUUUGGGCUGGGUCAAUCAAUUAUGGAAAAACAGCUGACUGUCGAAGCUGAAAAUCUGACGAAUCAUCUUCGUCAUGCCAGUGCCAAAGGUCCAGUAUCAAUGCAUACAGCUUUCGACAUUGCAGUCCUGAAUUCUCUCUGGUGUAUGUUCGCUGGUCACAGGUUUGAUUAUGGAAACGAGAAACUGGUGGAAAUUCUCGAAAUUGUUCACGAUGCCUUCAGAUUGAUGGACACGAUGGGCGGCAUUGUUUCGCAAAUGCCAUUUCUACGUUUCAUAGUACCGGAAUUAUCUGGUUAUAAUGAUUUAAUGAGAAUACUUCAGAAGCUCUGGGGUUUCCUAGACGAAGAGAUUAACAUCCACGAAAGACAAUUGUCCGAGAAUCAGCCACAGGAUUUGAUCGAUGCUUUCCUUUUAGAGAUCUCCUCAAAAAAUACGGAACCAAGUGAUACCAUUUUUGAUCGAGAAAACUUACUGGUUCUAUGCCUGGACCUCUUCUUAGCUGGCUCGAAGACUACGACAGAUACGUUAAGUACUACUUUUCUGUUUUUAUCUUUACACUCUGAAUGGAUUAAAGUGCUCCAGGAAGAACUGGAUAAUGUCGUAGGCAGAUCACGAUCUCCUACUUUAGAAGAUUACUCAUCACUACCUCUGAUGGAAUCGUUCCUUGCGGAAGAUACUGUAAUUCUUCUGGAUUUCCAUAGUGUGUUAAACGAUCCACUUUACUGGGAUCAUCCAGAAAAGUUUCAACCUCGACGAUUUCUCGAUGCAAAUAGUCGAUUCUGCCAAAAUAAUGCCAGCAUACCAUUCGGCUUAGGUAAAAGACGUUGUCCCGGUGAAAUGCUGGCCCGGACAUCCUUAUUUUUAUUCUUCGCCUACGUUAUACAUUACUUCGACAUUGAAAUUUCACCGGAGCACGGCGAGCCGGAUCCAAAUGGACACGAUGGUUUCACUAUAUCACCGAAACCUUAUUAUCUAAAGCUUACGGCAAGAUCUGAUAUUGUAAACUGCAGUGCAACGUAAAUAUUGUAGCGAAGUUUUAAGUGUAAUGCGUCAUUUAUAUUUUAAAUGCAAAUAUAAAAACGGAAAAUUAUGUAACUGACAAUUAUGAGUAGAUUCUCCAGUGCCCCCAAGAAUAAAUUGCUGUUCUGUACGUGAUAAUUAAAAUAUUAUGUCCUUAGACGAUAGCAAUUCAAAAUAAUUAAUCAAGCAUCAGAGUCGACAAACAUGUAUAUUUAAUAAAAAAGAUAUUCUUAUUGAAAAUUUUCUAUUUAUCAAGUAAUAGCCGAGUGUACGAUAUUCUAGUUAUUACAAAUAUAUGAUAAAAAAAAUUUGAAAGAAAGAUAUUCUUCUCAAUAUUUUAUAAUAUUGUGUAACAAACUACGUGAUCUUUCUGAGCUUCACAGGAUCUAUUUUUCAGCGAUAAGGAAACAUUUGACAGACACGUUGAGGCCUAAUAUAAAAGGAACGAAUCGCCACGUGGCGCGAGCGAGCGAAGGUACAUUUGGAAUUCUGCGAAACGAGCUGAUUUCGUCGAACACGUAAAACGAUGCGUAAAGCGACUUUCACGAGGCAGAAACAAUAAACAAUAUUCGAGAGAAAAAUUUGUUGAAGUCAAACAAACUCGGCUUCUAUCUAGGGAUGAAAUUACUUGAAACCGAAAUUUCGACGGUCAUCGGCAACAUCUUGAUCAUUAGAAUAACAACCGGACGAAUAAACAUACGCAGUUAUUUAUGUAAAAUAGAUACAUGAAACGAUAUACAAACUUGAUCUCGUUCAUGCUUCGUAUGAAUCAAUUAGCCAUUCAUGGUAAAUCAAAUGGCUAAUUGAUUCAUUAGAGAAUGUACGUCGUAAACAAGGUACAUAUGCAUUAUCGUGGCAUGGCAAGUGCUUCAUAAGGUUUUGGUGAUGCUGUCAGGCCAUAGUUAACUUCAACAGAGUAUGGUCCUUUACCAGGAAUAGGAAACAAACUAUACUUCUGCAUUACGCCCACAAAUAACAUGAAUAUCGAGGAUCUUGCUAGUACCUCGCCUGGACAUCGUCUUUUUCCU